GUGGAGAAGACCCGUCACCUGCUCCUCCUGAGGGAGAAGCUGGGAGAGGCUCCUCCAGUGGGCACCACUCCCACCACCAAGUCCCUGAGCGAGUCGCUCUCCCCUAGCAUGAGCUCCGGCACCCUGUCCACCUCCACCUCCAUCUCCUCGCAGAUCUCCAGCACCACCUUUGAAAGCGCCAUCACGCCCAGCGAGAGCAGCGGCUACGACUCCGCCGACAUUGAGAGCCUGGUGGAUCGUGAGAAGGAGCUGGCCACCAAGUGCCUGCGCCUCCUGACACACACUUACAACAGUGAAUACAACCAGGUAGUGAACAGUAUCAGCGACUGCAAGCUGUCGGACAUCUCACCAAUGGGACGUGAUCCGUCAGUGACCAGCUUCAGCAGCGCCACCCUCACCCCCUCCUCCACCUGCCCCUCUCUGUCUGACUCCCGCUGUGGCUCCUUAGACCAGAAGACACCAGAGAACAGCUCCCGUGCCUCCAGUCCCUCCUGCUCAGACUAUGAAAACUUCCCGAUGGUUCCCACACUGGAGUCCUCGUACUUAGCACGGGCUGGAAAGAACGAGUUCCUCAACUUGGAGCCUGAUAUUGAAGAAAUGAGGCCAGGGUCUGUUGUGUCCAAGAAGGGAUUCCUGAGCUUCAUGGAGCCUCGCUCCAACUCAUGGGUGAAGCACUUUGUGGUUGUGCGCCGACCCUACGUCUUCAUCUACAACAGCGACAAAGACCCGGUGGAGCGGGGUGUCCUCAACCUCUCAACAGCACAGGUGGAAUACAGUGAGGACCAGCAGGCCAUGCUCAAGACUCCAAACACGUUUGCUGUGUGCACAAAACACAGAGGAAUCCUGCUGCAGGCCAACAACGAGAAAGACAUGAACGACUGGCUGUACGCCUUUAAUCCUCUGCUAGCAGGGACGAUAAGAUCUAAACUGGCGAGGAGGCGCAGCGGCCUGAUAAAGAACUGAAGUGAGUCGACUGGGACACAGGAAACCACGGCUGCCGUUCUUUCUGAACAGCCUUUGAACAAACCAAGUGUUAACACUUAUUAAUCAUUGUGAUUCUUGACGGUUUUCUCUUGUAAGUAGACUUGUGGCUUAAGUCUCCUUUCAUGCGACCAAACGUUUUAGUUGCAGAGGAAUUUGCCUCCUCUCUCCCUUCAACAACCCUCCGCCAACUCCUCUCAAUUUCUCUCCUCCCUUUACCUCCUCCUCAGCUUUUCCGUGUUUUUUGGUUUGGAUGAGGAUGUUCGGGUCUGAUUUCUGUUCCGCUUUGUUGUCAUUCCCCCAACUCCCUAACUAGUAGCAUGUUGUAAUAGUCUACUUGUGUGUGCACGAUUCUUCAGAAAAAUGCUCUUUCUGGCCACAACUUUUCAGUUUGCCAAUCAUCUGUAAAAACAAACAAAUCGUCUCUAUCAGUGUUAUUUGUCUCCCUAGAAGAGUUUUAAUUUAGAUUUUGUGUUCCUUUUUUUCGUUAAUAUGCCCACACGAUAACUGCAGCAGUCCUCAGGGGAUGACCAGGUUUGCUCCAAAAAAGUGAUAUUAGAUGAUUUCAAUUAAAACCAUGAAGGGAAAAUAUAGAAAUAUGUCCUAAUGAAGUAUCAGUUCACGCUCUGCUACUGAAGGCAGGGCUACUUUUAAGAACCAUUGCUGCUAAUGAAUUCAGAGGAUUUCUUUUCCUCCUCGUCAUGAGAUCUGCACCAGGUCUCUUCCUAAACUAGCCUCGAGCUUCCCCUGUACUGCCUCCUAAACAGCCUUCAGAAUCUAAAUGUGGAAGAAAACCUGUCAAGUACUCAGUGAAACAUGAGGGCUGCACCGGAUUUCCACCGUCAUCCAUGUGAUGUUUAGAUCCCACUCCUCAGUCUGUGUACAUACACACCCCUCGUCAUUGACUACUUAUUAACAAUCAUGCAUUUGUGUCGACAUCAGAAAUACACGCAUUCAAGUUGAAUUUGUAUCUCCACAGUGGAAACACGACGACGGAUUGUUCAAACAGGAGAAGAUAUUAGUCCCUGUCCCUUUUCCUUGCUAUUUCAUCUAAAAUGAACACAGGGUUUUCCAGGGGAGGAUGAGGAGUAAGAGGAGGAGGAAGAUGAGCAGUGCUCUGAAGAGAGAAUAUCAUUUGUACAUACAGUCUGUUCUGGGAUCAGCACAGUAGUUAACUCUCAUUUAGGACAUUCCUCUCAGCUCCUCGAGCUCCAGGCAGUUUCUCUUACACUGUUUAGCCUCAGACCUCAAGAGAGUCUCCACCUUUUAUUUCACCUUCACAAAUAUGUGACGCCGAAGACAAAACCAAAACGGGAUGAAGCGGUGGGAAGAAGUGAGAAGGAGAGUGAAGUUGCGGUGCUUUAGCCUUGACCACAGUGGUUAGUGGAGGAAGCUGCGAGCGUCCAGCCUGCAGGACAGAUAACGAUCCAGUCGACCCCAUGACUCCCCUCACUGUCACCCCAGUGUCGGCUGAAUCCUCUGUAGGGUCAAGUACUUACUGUUCAGAGCCACCGCAGCUCAUCACAUGUUGAUUUUCUAUUUUUGUUCUUAAAUUGAAACCUCUUAACACAUCUAACCUACUGGGUUGACAUUCCAUUUUUUUUUUUUUUUAUUACAUAUAUUUUCUAUUAUGCUUUUAACCAUUCCAUAGCGGUGUUUUAUAUGAAAUGUUACAGAGGGCAUUUAUUUCUUAACUUUUAACCGAGGAUCAUGUUUGUUGAACCUUAUUUUGCACAUUAACACGUAUCUAUAGCAAGACGAGGGCAGAUCCCGCGUGUUGAGACCAGAGUAUCAGGAACACUGAGAAGAGCACAUAUCAAGGCUACACUGGAUAGCUGCUUUCCAAAGGGUUUACGAGACAGAAAUGAAAGGAGAGAUGUUAAAGGGACGACAUUGACUCAAAGGUUUUAUUUCUUAUAUUCUUUAUGAAAAUAUUUGCUCUGUACGUCGUCGCACAGAUGACAUGUUACGACAUCUUUGGUGCCUCUGUCUCAACAAACGCUAGAAGAGUGAUGGGUACAUGGGCGUUGAUAAACUCCGGCCAGCCAACCGGUAGUUUGCCGUCUGUAUCAUAUGAAAGGAAAAUGGCCAAAUGUAUUGAAACAGAGGAACCUGUUGCCUGUUACAAAGUUAAGGGGAAUUAUCGGUGAUGCAGCUGAUGUAAAAAGACUGAAAACAUUCACCUCAGAAAUGAAAACUGCCGUCAGGUCAGACAACCUGCUGGUCAGAAAAAAUAUAUCCUGUUAGACUGUUUCUGAGAAAAUAUUUUACGUCUGUUUAAGAACCCACAUAAAUAAUCAGAAACGUUCUGUUUUCUGAUCAGUAUACAACGCACCUCACGUUAACCUGCGGACCCUCAAUGUUAUUGAUGCAUAUCGAGGUGAAAACAUGUCGGAGCAAACAUUUUCACUUUCAUUCACAGAGGUAUAUUAUUUUGGGAUUGUGUAUUUAUUGUUUGCAAUGUACAUAUUAGUUUGCAGCUCUUUGCACAUAUGAAUAAAAACUGAUCAAACAGAGUCUGCACGGUUUAGUUUACUCAGAAUGAACCAGAGGAUGAUGUUGUGGCAGCCUCUUCCAGCCUGAAGUGGGAGAGAGUUGAAUGUACUUUUUUCUCCAUCUUUUAAAGAAAAGAAGAAAAAAAGAGAACUAAGAUGUAACUCGCUGCGUCCCCGUCAGCGGGGCCGAGCUACAUUAGCGCUUCCUCUUAGAAAGUGGUUUGAGUGAAAGUCUGAGUUUUGAUUUGAAGAAUAUUUACUCACUGCUCACGCUAGCCAGCCGCCUGAAUUCUAACAAAGAUAAAAGUUGGUUUUUAUCUCAUUUUUAUGUGUUUCUAAUAUCAGGGAAUAUAAUACAAAGGUAGCUGUAGUGACAUCUAAAAUGACAGUAUACUAUCGUGUGUGCUGGUGUCUUUCUCCACCUCAACACUUUUUAUUUUCCGUUGAUGCCUUUCAAACAAAACUAGCCAUGAUAUAUAUUUUUUUCCAUCUUCCCCUCUGACAAUUAAUAUCAGUUAAAUAACUGCGUUCCCUUUUGGCUUUGUUCACUACAAGAAGAUGAGAAAAAACAAACACCAACAAACAGUGACGUCAACACUGUACAUUAUUUGUCAGACCGGUUUCAUUUUUCAUACUUAUUUUGUAAAUAUCUGUGUUGUAUGGAGCUUGAAUUAAAAUGUAAAUAUGUUGACUGUAUUUGUAAUAAUUAUAAUCCAUUCGCUGUAUAGCAUAGAUGUGUCAUGCAGAUAUCCUAACUCUGUGUAUGGUAACCUAACACCAUUGAACUGUUUUGUGAAUGAGGCAACAAUAAAAGUGCAAACUGUGCAUUAGCAGAA